CCCAACUCUGAGCAUUCAUUCCAUCACCUCUCAAGUUUCUGGCUUUCUGCUGAUUUAAAAUGGCUGGGCGUGGUAAGACUCUUGGAUCCGGAGCGGCCAAGAAAGCCCAAUCGCGUAGCAGCAAGGCCGGCCUCCAAUUCCCCGUUGGCAGAAUUGCCAGAUUCCUCAAGGCCGGCAAAUACGCCGAGCGUGUCGGCGCCGGCGCUCCCGUUUACCUCGCUGCGGUUCUCGAAUACUUGGCUGCUGAGGUGUUGGAAUUGGCUGGAAAUGCGGCGAGAGACAACAAAAAGACGAGAAUUGUUCCGCGGCACAUUCAAUUGGCGGUGAGAAAUGAUGAGGAGUUGAGCAAAUUACUUGGUGAUGUGACGAUUGCGAACGGCGGUGUGAUGCCCAAUAUCCACAACCUCCUUCUACCGAAGAAGGCGGGUGGAUCAUCAAAGCCCACCGCUGAUGAUGAUGAUUAAGCUGUUGGAUUUUGAUUUUCAGGCCUUGAGUAUUUUAGAAUUACUUUAUUUGAUUGUGUUUGUAGUUAGGAUGGGAAGAUUUGUGCAUAACUAGGGAUGAAUUGGGUGAAAAUGUUCUACAGCUAAAUUGAAGAAAUCAAACCUUCUCUUUUUAGAAA